AUGGACGUAUUUUGUGCCGUGUUUGGGAUGUUCUUUGUAUUUGAUAUCAUCACCCCUGGAUUAUCUGCAUGUCUGCUGGGUUGCUCCUGCACUAAUGAGAACUUGGGAAGGACUUUGCUGUGCAUGGAAACCCCCCUGGCGCACAUCCCAGAGAACAUCCCUGAUGAUUUUACUAAAAUCCGAAUUGAAAACUGCCACCUGACUGAGUUACCCCAAGGUUCCUUCUCUCAAGUUCAUGCCUUAGAGUUCCUCUGGCUAAAUUUCAAUGAGAUCACGCUGAUGAACAUCAAAAGCCUGGAGGGCCUCUCCAACCUGACCGAGCUAAGGCUACAAGGCAACAAGCUGACUUCGGUACCAUGGACUGCAUUUCAGAGCACACCAAGACUCAAAAUUUUGGACCUGAAGCACAAUCGGUUAGAUGUGUUGCCGGAGCACGCUUUGAGAUACUUGCCUGCACUGACCUACUUAGAUUUAUCCUUCAAUCAGCUUAGCAUCACAUCAAAGGAAGUGUUCACAAAUUGGCCUCUUUACCAAAUAGCAGAGAAAGCGUGGGGGAAAGAAGGUCUGGUCUCCAACGUGGUCUUAGCACUACAUGACAACCCCUGGUCGUGUGACUGCCGCCUUAAAGGUUUCGUUGAAUUCAUCCGUAAGGUGAGCCCUCCUGUCAUCCUCAUGAACUCUUACUUGAAGUGCUCUGGCCCAGGCAACAAAGUGGACAAAUAUUUCCAUGAGAUUCAGCUGAAAACCUGCAUGAAGCCGGUGGCCUCGGUGGCAGAGUCUAACGUUAGUUUGUCUCUGGGAGCAAAUGCAACACUGACGUGCCUAGUCAAAGCCAGGCCACUUUCACACAUUCAAUGGCUGUAUCCUCUCAAGAUCAUCAGAGGAUUUGCUUCUACCCAGACUCAGAUAGAUGAGGAGACCAUCACAUCCCAGUUGGUGAUCCCGUCCGUGCACCUGGUAGAUCGUGGACUCUACACUUGCAUGGCGAACAACUUCAUUGGCAACUCCUCUGUUUGUAUCUCACUCAACAUUGAUUCCCCCAUUUCUUCAGCUCCUCUUCCUCCACCUGUACCCAUGCUGUCAUCUAAUGACAGUCCCCACAUUGACAUCCGCAUCGCCAAGCAGACUGUCUAUGGCAUCACCUUGGAGUGGCAUGCAGUGACGGACAAUCCAGCAGAAACCUGGUUCACCAUUCACUUUGGUAAGUACGAUUCACCCAAGAAAGAGAUGAUCUUCAUUGGCCCUGGCAUAAACAGUUACUCGGUCAGCGACUUGCUUCCUGUCACCAAAUAUGAGGUAUGCGUCACCCUGAAAAACCACCCCCCCAGAGAGGGCCAGUGCAUCGUCUUUGUCACAGGUAGCGACAUUAGUCAGCUGGAGCAGAGGGAGAGACUCAUCCACAUCAUUGUCAUUGUGUGCGCCAUGGUACUGGCAGUGCCGGCAGGCAUGUACGCAUGCACCACGGAGGCUAGGUUCAGCUGCCUGGACCGCUGUGUGGAUCUGUGGAAGAAGAGGAGGAGGCAUGCUGAGGACGCAGAGGGAUCAGAAAGGCAGAACACCUUUGACAGCCUGCAGGCAGCCAGCGAUGAAGCCCUGUAUAGGGACUCAGAGGAAAAACCAACAAAGAGGCGGAAAUCUGAAGACAGGUGCAGAGGGGGAAGUGCUGCUCAUCUAUACUAGAAUCAAUGUGGGGAAAAUACUGUAUGUCUCCCUUUAAGAAAAAAAAUGUAUCUUUAGCUCCAGUCUGUGCCUUCUUACAGCUUUAGUCUUUGUAUCAAGCCUAUAUUGUUUUAACAGUCAGCUAAAAAUAAUUUUAAAUUUAAUUAUUUUGUUUAAUGAUUACAUAAAACUUGAAAAGUUUAGAAAACUUAAAAGUUCCUAUAUCAAAUGUAAAAGAAAUUCACAAGCUAUCACCAGAGAUUAAACAUGCCUUUCUUCCUUUGCUGAUACCCUGUAUUUCCUGUAUUUAUAUAUACGUGUACAAACUGAAGUAUUUUGGAGUACUCUUUCUUGUUUUUUAUACUGCACCGUAAGUCAUAAUGAAUACUUUGU